AUGAUACAUAACAAUCCAGGUAUAGAUGAUAUACAGCGAUUUUUUCAUUUGCGAUCGUGUUUAAAAGAUGAGGCGGCACAGGUUAUAAUGUAUAUAGAAACGACAGCCGCAAAUUAUAACGUGGCUUGGAGUAGCGUGGUGGCUAGAUAUAAUAAUAAAAAAGUGUUAGUGCGGUCACACACGAAAGAGUUAUUUGAUAUUCCGGCAAUAAAUGAGGAAGCUGGGCAAUUAAGAAAAUUAAUAGAUCAAUUAAACGGUCACAUAAGCGCGUUAGAAACAUUAGGAGAGAAACCUAAAGAGUGGGGCUCAAUAUUAUUACACCUUAUCGCAACUAAAUUAGAUUCUAGUACACUUAAAGCGUGGGAAACAGUAUCUCCUAAAAAUGAAAUACCCAAAGUACAAGUGUUACUCGAAUUCUUAGAAAAGAGAUUCAAAAUAAUUGAAGCAGUAGAGACUUCUUCGAAUAUAAAUGUCCGUAAUGACGAAAAAUUAAAAAAUAAUAUGAUUAGCGUUAAAAAAGCCAAAAAUAACCACAAAUCGAUAGCGUUUCCGACAUUUAGUGGUAUGAAAUGUUAUAAUUGCCAAUUAGCGCACUCUAUAUAUAAAUGCCCAUCUUUUCUAGCUUUACCCAUUCCCGAAAGAAUAAAAAGGGUGGGUGAACUUAAGUUAUGCAAGAUAUGUAUUCGGACGCAUAUCGGAAAGAAAUGUGAUGGUAAAAAAUGUUUUCAAUGUCACAAAGCGCAUAACACAUUAUUGCAUUUAAAAAUAAAUAAGACGGAAAGUAAUAUCGCUUCGGAACAAUAUGAAGAUAAUUCCGAAGAAAUUCCCACGGCGGGUAAUGUAAGUGUAUCGGCACACGCAUCAGCGAUAAGCUGCAGACAGGUGCUCCUAUCAACCGCAAUAAUUAAUGUAUAUAAUAAUGAUGGCAAGCCGGUAAAGUGCAGAGCGUUAUUGGACUCCGGCUCGCAAAAUAAUUUUAUCACAGAGCAUAUGGCACAAGUGUUAAAAUUGCGACGGAAAAAGGUUACCUUUGAUGUAGCUGGAAUAGGACACACAUUACAUACAAUAAAGUCCGAAAUUACGGUAAUGGUGGGUUCCUGUAUAACAGAUUUCAAAGCUAAUAUAUCAUGUUUGAUAAUACCUUGUAUAACGAACAAUAUUCCGAUAAGAGCAGUAAAUACUGAGUCCAUAAAGAUACCAAAUAAUAUAAUACUAGCUGAUAAAUCCUAUAAUAAACCACAACGAACUAAGUUGGGUUGGAUUGUGGCAGGCCCAGUUUUUAAUAAUAAAUCAAAUUUAAAAGAGACGCAAAACAUUUGUUUAAGUACGUAUCAGGUAGAUGAUAAUUUGGAUGAAAGGAUUGCGAAGUUUUGGAGAUUGGAAAACAUAGAUAAAAAUACUAAUUACACAUUAGAAGAAAAAGCUUGUUACGACCAUUUUAUUAAGACAGUACGCCGCGACGAAACUGGCAAAUUUAUAGUGAGGUUGCCGUUCCGCGAAGAUAUUAGCAAAUUAGGUAAUUCUUAUAAAAACGCGUUCCGACGAUUUCUGUCUAUCGAAAAACGAUUAGGACUAAAUACAAAAUUAAAUAAAGAUUAUCAGCAAUUCAUGUAUGAAUACCAAGAUCUUGGUCAUAUGGAACCGCUGCGCAGCGCGGGGGAAGGGUCGGUCAAUGAACCCGGCUAUUUUCUACCGCAUCACGCCGUAGUAAACGAUAAUAGUAGCACCACCACUCGUCUGCGCGUAGUAUUCGACGGAUCUAGUAAGACCGAUACAGGCAUUAGCUUAAACAAUGUACCAUUAAAAGGGCCUACGAUACAAGACGAUUUAUUGAAUAUUUUGGCUAGGUUUCAACAUCGCAAAUAUCAACAAAUAUUUUGGCGUGAGAAUAAAGAACAACCUAUGCAAAUAUUUCAAUUAAAUACGGUUACUUAUGGCACUGUCUCGGCAUCAUUCUUAGCUACCGCAUGCUUAUAUAAAUUAGCUGAGGAUGAGUAUAGUAAUUUUCCAGAAGCGUGUACUGCUAUAAAAAAUGAUUUUUACAUGGAUGAUUAUCUAGGUGGGGCAAAUACGAAAGAGAUGGCUGUAAAAUUGCGUAAUGACUUGAGAACGGUGCUACAAUCCGGUGGCUUUAACUUACGAAAAUGGUCUGCAAACGAUUCGGUGUUAUUACAAAAUUUAAAUAAAGAAAAUAAUGAUUCUAUAUGUUGGUACUGGAAUUGGAAGAUGAAAUGGCAAAAGUCCUCGGGGUCCUGUGGCAUCCUAGGAAUGAUAUAUUUCAAUAUAAAGUACGGGAUACAAAAUCGGAAACUCAAUCGACAACAAAAAGAAGCAUAUUGGCGCAAAUAG